AAGCAAAAUAUUUCACUAUUUCCUGGCGUACAUAGAGGAGCAUCACAGUUCCCACAGCACAAUCUGGGAGCAACCAGUGAAACCAGGUAAAAAUCUAUAUGGUCUCAUUACAGUAACCAUUUAAUUUGCAGCAGCUAAGAUGGCGAAGAGAAAAUGUGAAAUAUAUUUUGUAUCUUUGAAAUCUUGUUUUUUAGUAAUGUUGGGUCACAUCAAUCUAUCUGACUUGUACAAACAGAACGUGAUCUCCUUACAUUAGUUUGUCUUGGUAUGAAGUAUUUGUAGAUGUGCAAGGUUGAUGCUUACAUUGAUACAUAAAGUUAGGGCUGUGUCUUUUGGCUUAUCAUCCAAGUUGUAUGACAGGAAUAGAUCGAAUUGAUCUGAAUGUGUCUAACUUCAUGACCCAAUCAUCUGAAGAAAUUGAAUUGUUGGCCUAACACUAUAUAGUUCUGGGCGACUGGCAUGCAUUUCAGACCGGACUACUUGAUUGGUGGCAUUGACUGGUGGUGGGUUGAAAUGUUCCACCUUUGUGAUGUCUGAUGCUGGUGGUUCUUUUCAGCUCCCAGGAUGUCUGGCUCUUCUGAGCACAGGGAGCUGGAUAGGAUCUCCAUGGAGAUGAACCAACUGUCAUUCAGGAGGCAGCAACUGAUCGACCGCAGGAACAUGCUGACCAUCCUGCAGGAGUUCAGGAACCGCACCAACCGCAGUAAUACAGCAGAUGGCUCCAAGGAGCAGACUGAGAUUCAAUGCCUUGAUAAGGAACUGCAGGAGCUGUCUGAGAAGAAGAGAGAGCUGCAGGAAAGGCAAGAUAACAUUCUCCAUUCCAAGGACCAAAUAAAAGAGUGCAUCAUCAGUCAGGGGGGCGUAUCUGUUCUCCCUGACCCCUCUGUUGUCUUUGUUGAAGCUCCACCCUCUAUACCAGCUCCGGAGGUCAUCCUGGACAUCCAGAAACUUCCUCCCUGCUCAUCUCAGACCCAGUGCCCACAAUGUCGACAGUUCAUCACCACAGAGAUUGUCACUUCAGUAGGCAAUGUGGCCUGUCUGGUCUGUGUCACAAUGUCUAUACUUGGCUGUGUGGCUGGCUGCUGCCUUAUCCCUUUCUGCAUUGAUAACUUCAAAGAUGUCACGCAUAGAUGUCCUAAGUGUCGAAGUUCAAUAAUCACCAUCAAAAAGCUCUGAGGUAAGGGCCCACAUGUACAUAGAGACUAAUAAACAGGUCUCAGACUGGGCUUGGACAUCUCCUCUUGUGAUGAUGAGGCAUCUACCAUGAAUCUGAGGUGACCCAUUUGGGGUUCAGUAGACACCCUGUCCCAUCCUGCAGGUAUAGGACAGCAGUGGAUGAGGAGGAAAUGGACAAUGAAUGUUAAAUGGAGCCAAGCCAUAGUGAAACAUGUUCUGCUGAGUGACAAGUGAUCCUAAAUUCCCAACAACUGUACUGUGGUCAGUGUCACUCCCACCACUCCUGUGAUGUCGUCAUCCUGUACAUUUUAAGUUAGUAUGUAUCGCACUGUUCUUGGAAUAAAAUGUCUUCAUCGAUGCAGUUUAUUAGAGAAACUGCAUUAAAUUGUUUAUUUUAAUUUUAUUGACCUGCAAAAAGCCUGUGUGAAUUAUAAAACAGAGGAAAAUAGUGUUUCAAGGUCUGUAAACUCUAAAGCUGCAUGUGACUUAUCCAAGCCUAGUGGUGGCUGUGUUAGGAACUUCUUGGUAAACAAAAAGUCACAUGAUAGGGUUGUUUUAUUUACUAAACACAACUGAAUGAUUUUCACACACAAUGUACAUUACCAUUUUUAUUGACACAAAAAGGCUAUAUAUAUAUAUAUAUAUACACACACACACAUACACAUUAUGGGUAUACAGUAGAACACAUACUGUAUACACCAAACAGUCUUAAUACAAAAGAGCUUAGAUGUGCUACGUUUGUAUAAAAUGUACGAAAAGAGCUCAUGUGCUACGUUUGUAAAAAAUUAAAUAAAAUGCAUGACAAAAUAUAUACACAAUGUGCAAAAUGUAUGGCAUACUAUGUAUCAAUACACUAUUGCAAGGGAAGGGGCUAUACUAGUAUAGUACAAAUAAAAUGACUUCUGAUUCCAGCUCAUUCUCCCUUUCUGUAGUUUGGACACAUGAUCAAUGGGGCACUGAUGCUCAGAUAAAAACAAAGUUGUACACAAAGACCAAUCAGGAGCAGGCAAUGUUUUUUUGAUUAGCUACCCAUUUUUAUCCACUCACAGUGUAAACUGCUUUGUUUUUCUAACAGAAAUGUGUGACAUUGAGGCUCUUAAAGGCCCUGUGCAUUCAAAAACAUUUAGAGUUCCCUGUGUUAUAUACACUUGAGUGUACAAAACAUUAGGAACAGCUUCCUAACAUUGAGUUGCACCCUCCUUUUCCCCCAAAACAGCCUCAAUUCGUCGGCGCAUGGACUACAAGGUG